UAUGUUUCCUGGUAAGGUUUCCUCUCUGAUGAACAGAGUAGAGAUCUAGAGGCCUGUGGUGGCAAAAUGUAAAUAAGGAUGUUUGGACAGACGCAGAACACAGAGAGAUCAAUGAUGCAGAAGCCAAGAAAGCAUUCCUAUCUUUGCCAACACAAAUGGGCAUGCAAAGAUUACCCUAAAUGUCCCAAGUGGCAUCGCACUGCUCUGAGACUAAGCUGUACUGUGCUGGUUAUACUUAUUGCUGCAGUAAUAGGACUAACUACUUGGGUAAGUCGCCUAAGUAGCAAGAAUGGAACCAAAGAUUGCGAUUGUAUAAAUAUUUCUCCCAGGAAACAGCAGAACAAUACAAACUUCACAACAAAACCAAAGCUAAAUUUAUGUCCUAAUAACUGGCUGCAGAAAAAAGGGAAAUGCUAUAAUUUUUUUAAAAACUUUAAAUCAUGGACCGAUAGCCAAAAAUCCUGUUUAAUAAUGAAAUCACAUCUCUUGAUGAUCCAAGACAAGGCUGAACUGGAUUUCAUACAGAAUAAUAUACAAGAUGGAAUCUAUUUUUGGAUUGGGUUGAACAUCACACACCCACAAAAGACAUGGACCUGGCUGGGAGGCACUCCAUUGAAUGUACAGUUAUUUCAAGUCCUGGGCCAGGCUGAAGAUAAUGCCUGUGCUGUGAUAACAAAGAAGGGUGUGUUUUCCGAAAAGUGUUGCAAUCAGAGUUACCGGAUUUGUCAACGCGUGCUUUCUGCAGACACUGACCUCUAAACUGAUCCCAGUUUAUCCUUCCUGUAAAAACCAUUCACAAGGACUUUUUAAUUUAUGUAUUUUGUUGAAACACAUUAUUUUUACAACAAAUAUGGUGAUAAUGAUGA